UUCGAUUGCUUGACUUGAGCCGCCUUUCACAAGAGCCCGCCCGGCAAUUGGCGCACCCAGUGGUCGCUCAACAGCGCGAAGGCCACGCUGCGUUACGCGCUGACGUCAUCGACAGCGGCGGCCAUCUCGGCGGUCGGUUGGGAGUGCGGGCGGGCAGUCAGUUGUAUUUUAUUUUCUUUUUACAUAUACGAAAGAUUCUUCUUCUUUCUCUUCUCUGCGUUGUCUUAAACGUUUGAUUCACACUGAAAGACACCUGACGGUUGCGUUGAAAGGGAGCGGGUGGAUCCGAGCGCCAUGUCGGAGAACCGCGAGCUGGAGGCGCAGGCAGAGGAGACCGGCGAGGAGAAGCAGGACACUCAGGAGAAAGGAGCGAUGAGCCCGGAAAAGGCCGAGGAAAUGAAGCUAAAAGCCAAGUACCCGGUUUUGGGAUUAAGACCCGGAGGCUCUGAGUUCCUGAUGAAGCGGCUGCAGAAAGGGCAGAAAUACUUCGACUCUGGGGACUACAACAUGGCCAAAGCAAAGAUGAAGAACAAACAGCCUCCGAGCAGUGGGGCAGACAAGAACCUGGUGACGGGAGACCACAUCCCAACUCCAGAGGACCUGCCGCAGAGGAAAUCCUCACUGGUGACCAGCAAACUGGCGGGCUGACUAUUGCCAAGACACCAUGUGGGUUCUGACUGAGGCGCAACUUACCCAACUCGUGUGACGGAGGGAGGGGUGGGUAGACUGGAGAGUGCGGUGGAGAAGUUCUGUUCUGUCUAAGCAUCGUGGCUCUAUGUUUUUUUUCUGUCUGAAAACAGUGCCCCUCCCCCACUCAUGAAUUAGCAGAAUCAACCCAGCUUCACUCCACCCCUCUUUCCCCCUUCUCCCACCCCUCCUUCCCCACACUUCCGAUGACAACCUUGCCUUCUCUCUCCAACCAUCCAAGGGUACAACAUUCUUCUGAGUGCUUUGUCAGGGACAGUGCAGGGAGAUACUGAAAUGUGCUCCUCACACCCUCCUCGCUACAAAAUUACUGCCCCGUUUAUAAAACAUACCUUCAAAUGGAUUGAGAACUCAGUUGAAACAUCCACUAGAGGCAUUACUGAAAGCGGUAAGGACAUUUCGCAGCAGCACGCAGUCCUGAUGUGUGCUUCACUUUGUAGUUAAAGUUUCCGUUACUUCCUAACCCCAUCCUCCUGACAUUAAGUGUCCUGUGAACUGCUUAAGUUUAUUGUUUGAAUCAGGGUAAUCUGGCCACUCUCACCUUGCAGAGGCCGCCUUGCGUUAGGGCUCUGCUCCGGCUACACCGCGGCUCGGUUUGCAGGCACUGAGGCUGCCCGUUCUGGAUGGUAAUUCUUCCGACACACCGCACCCCCCACUCGCUUGUUUGUCAGGGCACCCUACCCUUUACAUGGUUCUGGUGUGCUGGAGUGUCUGCAUCAGAGAUGCGAGCAAGGAUCCCUGCAACAAUCGGCACAGAAAAUCACCUUGGCUUGUAAACUUGCUUUGACUGGGGACCCCAUGACGCUAAAAUUCAGCAGAUUCACUUCUAUCCUCAGAGCCUGUGACCUCAGCAUUUUAAUCUGAAAUUGAUCGCAGUAAAUUUUUUUUUGCAACAGCAACAAAUUACAUUCAAUACUACCAGUUGCCAAUUACAUUUUGACUGUUUAGCCCAGCCAUCCCCCAACCUUCAUCAACAACCCCACUCAACCCUCAUGCUCUUCCUUAUCCCCACCCCUCUCUCCCCCCCCCCACCUCUCUCCCCUCCUCCAACCAACUGAAUAGGAGUGCAUACACAGACAGAGCAUUCCUAUUUUUACAGAAGAUCUUUUAAGUUAGGCAUCAAAUUUGUCCACAUUAAGAUCAUGUUAGGUCAUGCAUCAUUUCUAGUUAGAGGUAAAUGUAUAAAAAGCUCCGAAGCCAGUGAGGUCGCAGUAAAUUUUAAUGCCAGUGCCAGUAAAUUUGGCAGGGCAUGACAGGGUAAAGCAAAAGGCAGGAGGGGCUUGGGUGGAUGGGGGGGGGAGUGGGGGAGGCAGUUGAAGAAUCCGCCUCCACUUGCCAUUUAGCAGUCGCUUCAUAUGCCAAGGCUGUUGGAAAUGGGCAUGUUGGUGAGGGAGCAUUUGUAUCAGCGCUGCCACCUAGUGUUGGAGGUCUACAAUGGCUACAUGACUUGGCAUGGUAAAAUCAAAUGGGAGGGUUAUAGUUGGCACAGACUUAAUGGGCAGAAUGUGACGGGCAGGGGGCUGCUGUUUUAACAGAACAAGAAAGGUCAUUAACCCUGUGUGGCUGUGGAUAGGGAUCAAAUCAACAGCCUCACCCCUUUCAUUGGUGCAAAUCCUUCUGGAGUUUUUAUUCUGCCUCGAGGUCCAGAAGAUGGGCAGAAAAUCCCUCUCUCCUUGUCCAAGUUGGGAGUGAGUUCUUGGAUUUUGUUUCCUAUUUUCCAGCCUCCCAACUUUCAAGCCCCGUUCAGGUGGGGUGGGAGGUGAUGAGUGGUGGGUCUUUACGCGGGGUCGGUGCCCUUAAUGAGGCGUUGAGGAAGCAAAAAAAAAUUACAAACACGAAGAUUCUGCAUCUCCUGUUUUAACCAUGGAUCUUUGAUACUUCAUCUUUCUGUCCCAAAAAUAUCUCUUGGAUGGUUUUAUUUUCCCCCUUCUUGGGAGUGGGUGAGAGGGGUAAAACUUGCAAUAAAGACUAUGGUUCUGAGGCAUCCGCACCCCCACACCCACUCCCCAUCCCUAAUAUCUUACCCCUUUGAAGCUGCAUAUAUUUAUAUUAAAAAGAUAACACACAGUCCUUGGGUGGUUUCUGAUUGGAGGAGGAAUUUAAUCUGUCGGGUGGUGGGAGGGAAUAGGGUUUGGUAGGAAGAUGUGGGUGCCUCAAGCUUUGGCGGAGUGAAUAUCCCCUCGGUAACGGAAAGCAGACAGCACCACCUCCUGUGUGGAUUUGCGAUCCCGUAGUUGGGGAACUGCUGUUAAAAGCGCACUAGGUCGUCUCAGAAGUGGUCGGGGCUGAGGCGACCACUGCUGCCCUCUAGUGGGUCAAUGUAGGCACAGUAAAACCAGGAUUUCCGUCCCGAUGGAGGGUCUCAGACGGAAACAUGGUGUGUGUAUUGUUCCGACUUCUGACUCAAUCUUGCUCUGGAAUCCGAGGUCUGGGGCCCCGAGUGUAAGAGGGGUGCACAACCAGAUAUGGAUUUGUGAUCCAGGAAUGUGCUUGUAUUUGCUGGUGGUACUCACUCCCUUUAAAUUCACUAGAUUUAUUGGAAGAUUUAUAUUGGAAAGAAAUUGAAUAACUUUCAGAGGUCUGGAAAAUCAGAUGUCAAAAUCCUAGAUAAGAAUCUCGAGCAGUACCACACGUGAAUAGGCCCUUCAGCCCACAAUAUUGUGCUAAACUAAUCAAGAUGGUGGCGCCUGGUCCCAUCUGUCUGCAUAUGAUCCAUUUCCCUUUAUUCUCUGCACAUUCUUAAAUACCUCUAACUUAUCCACCACCCCUGACAGUGCAUUCAGUGCGUCAUCACUGUAAAAAAAGAGAUCUUACCCCACAAAUUCAGAUUCAGUUUAUUGUCAUUUAGAAACCACAGUGCAAUGCAGUUAAAAAAUGAGACUACGUUCCUCCAGAAUGAUAUCACAAAACAGACUACAAAUCUCCUUUAACCUUAAACUUUCACCUUAGAAAUUUUCCAUCCAGGAUUAGAUAUUUAGACCCUGGAAAAUAGAUAUUGGCUCUCGUUCUGUGCUCCUUAUAAUCUUACAAACUUCCAGAGAAAACUGCGCAAGAUUUGUGCAACCUCUCCUAAACUCAUACCUUUUAAUCCAGGUAACGUCCUGGUGACCCUGCUCUUUUCUCUCUCUAAUGAGGGGGGUGGGGAUCAGAAUACUCUUUAACCACGGUUUCAUACAGUUAGACCCCAGCCGCUGGGUCUAAGAGAGAGGGCUUGGAUUACCAUGUGCAAGGGGAGAUUCAGCUGCGACUCGCUUAAGUUUGAAAGAGUGAGAGGAACAUCGGAUUCUGCUGGGCUGGCAUCUGAGAGAUUUCCCUCCAGGGAGGGUAACUUGGGGUGGGGGUGGAGAGCAGGGUCACCCUAUUCGGACAGUGUGAGGAUGUAGAAUUGGGGGAAACCUUGAGAGUUGUAGGGUAAGGUUGAUGGUCCUGGGGAAUGAGCCGUUGAAGCCAAGGUUGAAUCUAAUCGAAUCGGAGAGUGGGGGCGGGCAGUCUUUCCCUUCAAUGGACAACGUUGUCCGCCAAAACUGGAGUUUUUGGGGUCCUCGGUCGCCAUCAACUGAAAAUCAAAGGCAGACAGAAGGCCAGGUACCAGAGCCUUCAGAAACACAAUAGACCUUGCCUAACAGGACCGGCAAAUCAUUGUGCAAAAAUAAACUGCAAAUACAAAAUAGACAGGGAAAAAUAAUAAUAUAGAGGAAUCUUUGGAAGUGUGUCCACGGGAAGUGAAGUUGUCUCCUCUGGCCCCAGAGCCUGCUGGUUAAGAACAAUUCCUCUCCCUGGCAGUAGCAAGAAGAGAGUGUGGCCUGGGUGAUGGAUGCUGCUUUCCUGUGACAGCGCCCGGUGUAGCUGUGCUUCAAGGUGGGGAGGGCUUUACCCAUAAUGGACUGGGCCGCCUUCACCGCUCUUUGUAGGAUUUUCCGUUCAAAGGAAUUGCUGUUUCCAUGUCAGGCCGAAGUGCAACCAGUCAAUAUACUCUACACUGCACAUCUAUAGAAGUUUGUCGGUGUUUCAGCUGUUAUGCCAAACGUUUAACCGAGUAGAAGCGCUGCUGUGCUCUCUUCGUAAUGGCGCUUACGCGUUGGACCCAGGACAGAUACUCUGCAAUGAUAACACUGAGGAAGUUAAAGUUGCCGACCCUCUGCACCCCUGAUUCCCCCGCUGAGGAUUGGCUCAUGGACCUCCAGCUUCCUCCUCGUGAAGUUGAACCUUUCAGCGCAUUUUCAAUCCGAUUGUUCAUCGCCAACCUCUCAAAACGCCUCAACACAGUGAAUGUAAGUGCGGGUACCACGUUCCUAGGCUCAGGUAUUAGUCGUUGUGUUCCGCUGUAUUGGCGGCCUGCUGGCUGCUCCCAGUACAGUCUGGGUGGUCAGCUCACUGUAUGUACCCGUGAUAAGUUCAGGAAUCUGAAAACGUGCGCCUAAGCAGAGAUAGGGAUCGGCUCUCUCCCUCAACAAUCUUACCCCGCCCCGCUGUUUUGUCCACGGUCCCUGGUCUCUGGCGAGGGCGAGGGGAAUUCAGGCACGGUCUGAGCCAAAGCUCCAGGUACCCGGAAUCGAUGCCUAUCUUGCACCCACACCGGUGUCUGUGUCUCUGUGAAGUUUAGCCGUUCUCCCCUCUGGCCCACACGAGCGGACAGUCGGUUUGGGAUUCCCCACCCCUGAGGUCGGAUUUCCCGGAGUCGCAAUUAAUUCCCAGAAGAGAUGCGACCUGAAAUUGUGUAACAUUGGGUGAAAAUAGGGUGAGAUCAUCGGUUUACGGUAAUAAGGCAGAGUGCUGUGAAGACCCUGCUGGUAAUGGGGGAGGGUCUCUUUCCCCCCCCCUCUCUCUCCCUCCCCCUCCCUCUCUCCCUUUAAUUCCCCCUUUUCCCGGUUCGUUCUUUACCCCUCUCAAUAUUCCCCUCUUCCCUCUUCCCCCAUAGGCAGCAUCGACGAGAAUAAAUAGUCGAUUUUUCGCGCCGAAACACUUCUCUGCCUCCUUCCUGAUAAAACGGACAGCUCCUAACCCGCUGUUACAAGAUUAAUGAACGCUCCUUGUACUAUAAAAUGCUUCUUUCCUCGGUGGGCUGAAGGGUACUUUUCUCUGGUGUACCCCUUGUGUUUUGGUGAUUGAUUUAUUACUCUCACGUGUACUGGGGUACAGUGAAAAACGUCUUUGCGCGCCAUCCAUGAAGACCAUUUCAUCAACUCAAAACAACGAAUUUCAGCAUAUAGUGUUGCAGGCAGGCCAUAAAGUCACGACAAGGUAGAAUAUGAGGUAAAGAAACACGCACAAAAUGCUGGUGGAACACAGCAGGCCAGGCAGCAUCUAUAGGGAGAAGCGCUGUCACCGAGACCCUUCAUCAGUCAAGAGUCCAUUUUAUCGUCCUUGAGCCUGGUGGUUUGUAGAUGCUUUCAGGCUUUUGAGAGAAUGUACGGGAGUGGGUGGGGGUCUUUGAUGGUGUUGGCUCUUUUACCAAGGCAGCAUGAGAUGGAGAUAGUGAAGGGGAGGAUGGUUGCGGUGAUAAGAGACUGGAUAAACCUGGGUCCACGGGUUCUUGGGGUCUAGGAUAAACAACAUCUACCCAAUCAACACACACAAAGAAGCGCUGUCGACCCUGACGAAGGGUCUCUGCCUGAAACGUCGACAGCUCUUCUCCCUAUAGAUGCUGCCUGGCCUGCUGUGUUCCACCAGCAUUUUGUGUGUGUUGUUUGAAUUUCCAGCAUCUGCAGAUUUCCUCGUGUCUGCCCAGUCAAACUCAGUAGGUUUUUUAAUCUAUAAAAACGUUCCAGUGAGAUCUCUCCUCGUUCUUUUACUCUGGAGAAUGCAAGCAAGUCUUAAUUCUUCCCGGUAUCCAAAAGAGGUCCCAUUCCCAUGAUUGCUUCGUCAGUGGAAACGAUUCUUCCUUGGAGCGGAGAAAUAUUCGACAAAAACCCCUCUCACCCUGUGGAUCUGGGCGUCCCACAGGGUGGGGACGAGAAACCCAGGAGACGUGCUCGGCGGCGUUCCGUCUCCGUCUACCUCGCCGGGUGCUGUGAUCUUCCCUCGCUGGAGGGAACUCAGCAAGUCAGGCGGCAUCGAUGGAAGGGGAUAAACAAUCUUAAGUUUCAUCAGGAAGGAGGCAGAAGCCAAAGGCCCCGAAAAGUUACCUGUUUAUUCCCCUCGAAAGACGAUGGAAAUGGAACAGAUGGUGGACCAGUGCCAACUGAAGGCCACGUUCCCAUAUCUGGAUAACAUCACCAUCUGUGGUCGCGACUGGCCGGAUCACAACACCAACCUCCAACGAUUUUUCCAAGCGGACAAAGCUUUUAACCUUACCUAUAACAGGGACAAGUGUGUGUUCGGAACCACCCGACUCGCUAUCCUUGGGAAGUCUGCCACUGGGACCACCCUACCGGCUUGGCUGACAUCUCCAGGGCCAGUGCUGCUCCAUAAACACGCGAGGAGCAAUAAAUACUCCCCGAUGGUCAAGAGGGUUCACCUUCUACAUGCGAACCCCCAGUAUGCCUACGUGGUCUUACCUGAUGGACCGGAGGACACGGUCUCCGUCCGUGACCUGGUGCCCGCAGGAGCAGCAGACCCCUACCCCAAACACUCCACGGUGACUAUGAACCCCGUACCCACCGAUGUAUAUUCCCACGAGACACCGCGCACACCAAGCCCUACACAGACUCCUCACGACACCCCCAUACCGGGCAUCUCGCACACGCAUGAGGGAUUACUGACGCCUAGUGGGCUGACACCUCAAGUCAGGCCGGAGCCUGCACAACCACCGUCACCGGUGCAAUCACCACCGGUGCUACAUAGAUCACAGCGACGGACUCAAUUGCCUGAUAGACUUGACCUGUAAAUAUACUUGUAAGAAACUUCGCCCCGUGGGGACUCUCUUUUAAAACAAAGAGGGGGUGAAUGUGGUAAACUAUGUAUACCUGUCUGGACACGCCCCUCUGCUGACUGCUCCUGUGGCUCCUCCCUCAGACCCCGAUAUAAAGGCAAUUGGAUCACUGCUCCUCCCUCAGUCUCUGAGAUGUCGUGCUGCCUUUUUGCUGUUAAUAAAAGCCUAUCGUUCA